UCUUGGGAGCUUUUUCACCAUCAAACAGCUGCACAGUAUCAAUCUGGGUAGAGCGCAUCUUCAAUCUACAGCAUCCACAGUCUCGCAACAGACCUAGUCCUACAAGAGUUGGCUCCAACUAGUCACCCAUGGACCGUUCUCACCGCCCAGCACCCUCUAAUUGCACAUUAUUAGGACUUAAAAAUAAAUAGAACAAGCGCCUUUCACACAUAAACCGACGGUAUUCGAUUCAGUCCGUUUUGAAACUUUUCCCUCUUCGUUUUCCUUUCCUUUUUCUUUUUAAAAGAUUCUGGUCUUUAUCUGAGAUCCUCCAUGGAUGUGGUUGCAGCCAGGAUGCCGGGGAACCGACCGCUUCAAGUGAUGCUGAACCAGAAGAAGAUCAAGGCGCGCAGGAAAAAGAGAAAGGAGUUGUUUUUGGGACAGAUAUGUUUCACUGGAUUUUUGCUGCUGGUUGUAUCGUGUUUUUCAUGCCUCGCCGAAAAAUCAGGUUAUGAUAUAUUAGGCUACACUACUGAAGAUGAUGGCAGGUGGAGCAGCCGGCGACUGAUGCAGGAAGCUGACAGGAACAAAACAGAGGAAGAGCAACAUACCCCCCACCUGGAUAAAAACUGCACUGAGCCUGCUCUUCACGAAUUCCCUACUGAUAUUUUCUCAAUCAAGGAAAGGAAAGAAGGAGCAGUGGCACUGCAUGUGAUUUCUGCUAUGUACAUGUUUUAUGCCCUGGCUAUCGUCUGUGAUGACUACUUUGUGCCCUCCUUGGAGAAGAUUUCUGAGCGUUUGCAGCUCAGUGAAGAUGUUGCCGGAGCUACAUUCAUGGCAGCAGGAAGCUCAGCUCCUGAACUCUUUACCUCAGUCAUCGGAGUGUUUAUCACCAAGGGAGAUGUGGGCGUUGGGACCAUUGUUGGAUCGGCAGUAUUCAAUAUUCUCUGCAUAAUUGGAGUCUGUGGAAUCUUUGCCGGGCAGACUGUUCAUUUGUCCUGCUGGACCCUUCUUCGGGACUCAUCUUACUAUACUCUGUCAAUUGUGGCUCUUAUUGUGUUUAUUCAUGAUGAGAAAGUGUCCUGGUGGGAGUCAUUGGUGCUAGUCCUUAUGUACCUGGUGUACAUAGUGAUCAUGAAGUUCAACUACAGGGCGCGCCGUUAUUUUGAUCGCAGGAAGAAGAGCAUAAUAAACAUGACCAAUGGGACGGCGAACAACACGGACAUUGAUGACAGCAGCAACUGUGAUGCCACUGUGGUGUUACUCAAGAAAGCGAAUUUCCAUAGUAAGGCCUCAGUCCUGAUGGUGGAUGAGCUGCUGUCUGCCUACCCUCACCAGCUCUCGUUCUCCGAUGCGGGUCUCAGGAUCAUGAUCACCAGCCACUUUCCCCCCAGAACCAGGCUCACCAUGGCCAGCCGCCUGCUCAUUACUGAGAGGCAGAGGCUGAUAAACAACAAGUCCUUCAGCAACGGCGAUUCGGAGGUGGCCCUCAGGAUAUCCAACAUGCACAGGAUCGAGAACGGCCUGGGCACCUCCUCCGAGAGGGGCAUGAACGGUCGUCAUGGUGAGGAGGAUGGGAUUGAAGCAGGGAACGAGACGGAGAACGAAAACGAGGACAACGAGAACAAUGAGAAUGACGAGGAGGAAGAGGAAGAUGAUGACAACGAAGGACCCCUGGUGCCCUUUGAACUGCCAGCUGGUGCACUUAAUAAGGUCAAGUGGCUUGUUGGUUGGCCACUGAGUCUUCUGCUGUAUUUCACUGUCCCGAACUGUGCCAACCCCCGCUGGGAGAAAUGGUUCAUGGUCACCUUCGCGACAUCUACCAUGUGGAUCGCAGGCUUCUCCUACAUCAUGGUCUGGAUGGUGACAGUUAUCGGCUACACACUGGGAAUUCCCGAUGUGAUCAUGGGCAUCACAUUUCUCGCAGCUGGAACCAGCGUACCAGACUGCAUGGCCAGCCUCAUUGUGGCACGACAAGGUAUGGGGGACAUGGCGGUCUCAAACUCCAUUGGCAGCAAUGUGUUUGAUAUCUUAAUAGGACUGGGACUUCCUUGGGCACUGCAAACCCUAGCCAUUGAUUAUGGCUCAUAUAUUCAUUUGAACAGCAAAGGACUGAUAUUUUCUGUGGGACUGUUACUAGCUUCAGUUUUUCUCACAGUUGUGGCGGUUCACUUGAACAAGUGGAAGCUGGAUAAGAAGCUGGGGUUUGGUUGCCUUCUCUUGUACACUAUCUUCCUGUGUUUCUCCAUCAUGAUCGAGUUCAAUGUCUUCACCUUCGUGAACUUGCCGAUGUGCCAAGAGCUCUGAUCCACUUUCAUGGCAGCCUGGGGGCACAUAGUUCCGGGUUCUGUUUUUGGUUUUUUAAAUUAUUUUUGUUCUACAGUGCAAUAUGAACAAGUUGUGCAUUUCUAUUGGGUACAGAAAAUAAUAUAUGGCGCACAGAAAGCCACAAAGCAUAUCUUUCAGACUGUUGUAAAAAAAAAAAAAAAAUGCCUGCAUUGAUGUGAAUUUUUUUUUUUUUUUUUGUGAUUCUCGACCUGAGUUUUGCAAUGGAUCGUGGCAACUCCAGUUUAAUUUGCUGCUAACCAGUGGAGAGCUGGACAAAAGAGAAUGCUAUUGUGGAUUGCUUUUUUUUUUAUUUGUCCCUUUCCUUUUGUUUUUUGAAGACUUCAAUUAUAUGUGACACACUAAACUUAAUGAAAGGUACAGGUGACCUGAUGUACAUAUUUGGAGAUGGGAAUUGCUUCAUUUGAAGUUUCAGCUCAGAACUCUGCUUUUUGAGCGCUGAGGUACGGGUUUAUGCUGCCCAGUUUAAAAUUGUUUUCCCUCAUCAUUCUGCCUGUGUACCAAAUUCAUAUAUGGAUUGAAAUUCGCAAUGCCAAGAGAGAUUGCGGCACCCAAGUAAAAGGAAAGAAGCCUUAUUUCAAGCCAACAGAGGGCUUUAUUAUGAAGGUGGAGUGUAAGAUGCUCUUUUUCCUGCUGGUUUUAUCCUGUUAAAUUAUUGUAUUGAUUAUUGAAAAUCAACAUUUGCUUUAUAAGGUCAGUGUUUUAGUAAAGGGCUGUGGAACUGUGCAAUUCUUGGGGUUCUUGCUCUAAGUAUUUCUCCAAUUAUUUCAGUGUAUUGAUACUCAGCAUUGAACUAUAAGCAUAUCAAGCCAAACAUGUAAUGAGUAGUGUAUUGUCAGUAGUGAAGUGACAUUGUAAUCACUGGCCCUUUACUUUAAAAUUACUCUUAGAACUGCAUUACGACACACACUUGAUACAGAAUAGCAUUCUCGCAUUUCCAUGAAGUAAAAAAAAAUCAUUGAUUUAAUAAUGAAUGGCAUUCUAAGACUCUAACGCAGGGGUCUCCGACCCUGGUCCUGGAGGGCCGGUGCCCUCCAGGUUUUUGUUCUAACUGUACACUAAAUUAAUUCAUUGGUCCAAUUAAUCUGGAAACUUGUUUGAAUAGAAUCAAAGAACAGAAGAACAAAGAAAUAAAGCAGCUGUAUAUUAUUAUAACUGACCCCCCCCCCCCUUAGUAAAGUCUGUACUCUCCACCCUCAGGGCUGUCUUUGGUGAUGGUUUGCUAGGUGGGGGGCCUCUGUGUGAAUUAAAAUUAAAAUUGGAUGGUUUCACCAUUUGCAUAACCACCUUCAUGACUCAUGCUUUUGUUUCUAGUUACUCAGAGAGGCCAAGUAUGGAAUGAACACAGAGACUGAACUCAUCUCUGCACCCCUAGGAAGGUGAUCUGAACUGAAGCACACAGAGGAGUCUGUUUGAGGAGGUUUGCUGUCUGUAUUGUUGACUAAUAGAGGAAUUUCACUGUACAGGAGCUAUUAAUCCAGCCAAUCCUCAUCAAAAUAUUACAAACAAAACUGUCCAUCAAGCAAGCAUUUACUGGUCACCAAGUAAUUUAAUUUAAUUUAAACACUACUGCUCUGUAGCAUUUAGUUGUGACAGCAUCAUAAUGAGGAUGUGGUCUGUACUCAGAACAAGCUUCCUCUCUAUGGAUGUAUUAUCCGUCAUGUCAGUGCUAGAAUUUGUUGCUAUGUAGUCUACAUUUGACUUAAUGUUAUCUUUUCCUUAAAUUUUUUUAAGUGAAAUCGGCAAUAGUGGAUGAUAAGGAAAGCUGUGCCAUGCUGUACUGAAGCACAUGCUGUGCUCUCUACUUAGUUAAGGGUGGCAAUUCAGUAGUAACAAACCUGGCUGCAAACUAAGAUUUCAAAAAGGACUGCCAACAGGUAAUUUCACCGAUUCUAGAAGUGUUAUAUUAGAUACGUGCACAAUGUUAGUUUUUAUUAUUAUUAUUUUUUAUUAAGCAGCACUAUCUCAGUGUCACCUAAUACUGCAUGUUGGAUGCUGUUUAAGAUUGGACAAGGUGAACAAUCGUGUAGAAGGAUUGUUUUCUCUUUUAUAAUGUCACAGAACCAUUUGAAGGUGCCACAAAAAAAUUAUGCUUCUCAGAUAACGGUAUUGUUAAAUAGUUAAUAGUUUUUAAAUCUUUUUAAAGGGAAUAAAACUGCAGACCUUUCAUUGGAAGAAUCUAGUACCGUAUACAUAGCUCGUAUACAUAGAUCAUUUGACGUCUUCUUGUAUAAAAAUUUCUGCAAUUCAGUCACCCUUGAUAUCACCCGGUCUCAUGUGGCAUUACAGACUGUUGGUACCAGCUCCUAUUGUAACUAGUAUUAAAAAUGCCGUCAUCGGGGGCUCCUGAGUGUCACAUCAGUAAAGGCGCUCCGCAUGGAGUGCAGGAUGUGCCCUAUAGCCUGGAGAUCACAGGUUCGAAUCCAGGCUAUGUCAUUGCCAACUGUGACCGGGGGUUCCUAGGGGGCGGCGCACAAUUGGCCGAGCGCUGCCUGGGUAGGAAGGGCUUAGGUCGGCAGGACAAUCCACGGUUCACCACGCACCAGCGACCCCUGUGGCUGAUAGGGCGCCUGCGGUUCUGCAGUGGAGCCAUCAGAUCUGUGUUGUCCUCCGACACUAUAGGUCUGGUGGCAUCGCUGUGGAUCUGCAGUGCGAAAAAUGACGGAUUGGCAGGAGCACGUUUUGGGGAACGCGCGUCUCAGCCUCCAUUCCCCGAGUCGCGGGGGGGUUGCAGCGGUGAACCGGGAUGAAAUUAAUAAUUGGGAAUUCCAAAUUGGGGAGAAAAAAACUGGGGUAAAAACCAUUGGCGACGACUAAAUUAAAAAAAACAAAAAAGAAUACUGUCAUCAUUUCCAUUGUAUUCCUGUAUUUUUUUUAGUUUGCACAUGCCCAUCUUAAGUUUCAAAUCUGUUCACGUACCCAUAUUUCAAAUGACAAUUAAACUUUCCCCUUGAGUUACAGUAUCUUAUGCUUUGUUCGCUCCCUGUAGUUAGUACACUUGCACCCUCAACUACUGUUGUUUUACAUUCUAGAUUCAUCCAUUCCUGUAUAUAAAGUAUAUGGCUGUUGUUCUGAUUCAAAUGUGAUCUUCAAGAUAAAGCCACUAAUAUAUACAUAUCUUUGUAUUUCUGUUGAAAUGUUAUGUCCUUUCUACAUACUUGUGUUUAAGUGUGCAAUAAUUGUAUUAAAAUGUAGUGGUGAAUACCUCUUGUUUACAUCUUCACUGCUCUUUUGCAAUGCCUAUAGUAUUGUAUUGGGAUCUAGACAAAUCCAUAGUGCAGUGUGUGUGUAUAUAUAUAUAUAUAUAUAUAUAUAUAUAUAUAUAUAUAUAUAUAUAUAUAUAUAUCUCCAUGGAGCAAGGGGGCGUUGAAUUAUUAUAUUAAAAGUAUAGAAAUUGCUUCAGGUGGAGUGAAAAGGUAAACAGUGGCUAUCCGCCACCACUUUGUUUUUUUGCUUAGAGUGAAAGCUUUGAAAACUAUAAGAAAUGGCAUGAGGAUUAAAAAGCAUAUGGAUUUAAAAGGAAGUCAUUCAGACAAUAGUUGAGCUUUAACAGAUAGCAUCCCUUGUUAUUAGGGUCCCUCUGAUAAUUAUUAUUAUUAUUAUUAUUGCAAAACUCUGUUCGCCACUCUCAAAGGAAGUGGGAACCAGCCUAAAAACUUUGAGAUGUUACGUUAUAAGCUACAAACAUUUGUAUUGAAUUGGAUUAAUCUGUUAUUUUGGUCUCAGCAGUUACAGAGGGAGCGGUACUGUGUAUAUAUUUUGACUUUAAUCUAUAUAUCUUUGGUAUAUAUAUAUAUUUUCUUCCAAAUAACAAUGUUAAAUAUACAUAUAUAGAUAUAGUAUAUGUUAUAGGGUUUGUUUUUUGUUCCUCUGCACUGUUUUAUGAUCUAUUUUUUUCAGAUUGUAAUGGAAAUUACAAUGCACAGCCAUUGAAAAUGGUUUACUUGGAUUUUGACGGCAUAGUGAUUUAAAAAGACAGAGCAUAAUGUAUUUAUUUUUUAAAAAUCACAGAAGAUAUUAUAAUGUAGUAGGCACAGGGCACUCUAGAAGUUGUUUUCUUGCAUAUCUGUAUGCUUGGUUUUAAAUUGUAGCCUUUCUGGGCUUUUAUUUUUACUUUUAUAGCUGACAAUUUCCAAAAGUACUCUACGUAUUAAUGAUGUUUAAUAUUUGAAGAGUUUUUUUGUUUGUUUUUUGUUUUGCUUUGUUAAAAAAAAAAAAAAAAAACCUGAUCCCUGCCACCGUAAUGUAAAUACAUGGACCUUUGGCACAGGUCAGGUUAAAAAGUCAAGUGUUGCCGUGCAAGAGUCUUAUUUCCUGUUUUACGUUAAACUGCUUUGUUACUGCAAAUCAUUUGGAAAACAGAUACAUAAAAUUGUUAUUGAACAGCAAAAGCUGGUCCUUUGUGAAAAAAAAGGCCUAACAAUAUUUGGACCCUUUUCACAAAGCUUUAAGGAAUGAUUUGUUAGGGACUGUUUUUUUGUUUGUUUUUUUAGUCCCUUUUAAUUAAUACAUUCAGGUUUGCCAUUCAUUAAACCUGUUCUUGAGAGGGUAUAUUCUGAUCUUUCAAAGCACUAUUUAACCUGUAAGAAUAUUUAUAGUAAUUCUUCAGAAACAUUCCUUAAAACAGUCCUUAUUUUUUUGUGAAUAUGACCCAUAAUCACAUUGAUAAAGAUGUGCCACAAUCUGUUGAAUGAUUGAAAUUUUAGACAUGACCCAGGGUUAAAAAAAAUCCCCUUUUAUGCAUGGUGACCUCAGAUAAAAAAUCGAAACCUCUUCUAGUCUUUAUAUGGGGAUAUAUGGAAGAUGCAUGUGCAUGAUGACCUCAUAGAGGAUGCAAUUUGUUCCCCCUAUAAAGCAAUGGAAAAAAAUUGAAAAAAAAUGUAAAUUAAAAAUAUAUUUAUUAUAUGGCUAAAAUUACUUUAGAUGUUUUUGGUUUAGCUAUUUUCAAUGUUUCAUGCAUGAAAGGGUAAAGUUAGGUCUGGGGUACUUUUCAGUUUUAUUUUAUGUUGAAGGUGUAUGUUAGUACCAGUACUGUACAAAAAUAAAAUCUAUAUUUUCAAGGA